UGUAUUUCCUCCUCUGGGGCUGAGCAGGGCAGUCAAAUACAGCCGGGCACCCCAGUGGGCCUGGGGUUGAGAGCACCUUAAGGGCCAUGGAGCUGCGCGGGCUGCUGGCAGCGCUGGCGUUGCUGGCGCUGCAUUCCGAGCAGGUCCCCAACGCCUUCGCCGCGCAGGGUCCAGCUCUGUGGCCCAUGCCACUCUCGGUGCAGAUGACCUCGCGCCUGCUGUACCUCUCCCCAGAAAACUUCCACAUCGCCCACCAUCCCUCUUCCAAGGCCGGCCCUUCCUGCGCCCUCCUUCAGGAAGCGUUCAGGCGAUAUUAUGACUAUAUCUUUGGUCACCACAAGUGGCAACAUCACCCUGCCAAAUCUCACGUUAAAACAGACUUACAGCAACUUCUCGUCUUGGUGGUCCUUGACUCAGAGUGCAACACGUUCCCCAAUAUCUCUUCAGAUGAGUCCUAUACUUUACUUGUGAAGGGACCAAUGGCUUUCCUCAAAGCCAAUAGAGUCUGGGGAGUAUUACGAGGUCUAGAGACCUUCAGCCAGUUAAUUUAUCAAGAUCCUUACGGGGCUUUCACCAUCAAUGAAUCCACCAUUAAUGAUUCUCCAAGGUUUCCUCAUAGAGGAAUUUUAAUUGAUACAGCCAGACACUAUCUGCCAGUUAAUAGUAUUCUUAAAACUCUGGAUGCCAUGGCUUUUAAUAAGUUUAAUGUUCUCCACUGGCACAUAGUUGAUGACCAGUCUUUUCCCUAUCAGAGCAUCACUUUCCCGGAGUUAAGCAAUAAAGGAAGCUAUUCUUUUUCUCAUGUUUAUACACCAAAUGAAGUCCGUAUGCUGAUUGAAUAUGCCCGAUUACGGGGGAUUCGAGUCAUACCAGAAUUUGAUACCCCUGGACACACACAGUCUUGGGGGAAAGGUCAGAAGGAUCUCCUAACUCCGUGUUACAGUCAAUAUCAGCCUGGGGCUUUUGGACCUAUAAACCCUAUUUUGAAUACAACUUACAGCUUCCUGUCUAAAUUUUUCAAAGAAAUUAGUUUGGUAUUUCCAGACUCGUUCAUUCACUUGGGAGGAGAUGAAGUGGAAUUUGCCUGUUGGGAGUCCAAUCCAAAUAUCCAGGAUUUCAUGAAGCAGACAGGCUUUGGCAAAGAUUUUAGAAAACUAGAAUCUUUCUAUAUUCAAAAGCUUUUGGAUAUUAUUUCAACCCUAAAGAAAGGAUCCAUCGUCUGGCAAGAGGUUUUUGAUGAAAAUGUGAAGCUUCAGCAAGGCACUAUCAUUCAAGUAUGGAAACAGAGCCAGUAUACUAAUGAACUAAAGGUAGUCACAGAAGCUGGCUUCCCUGUGCUCCUUUCUGCUCCGUGGUACUUAGACUAUAUCAGUUAUGGACAAGAUUGGAUAAAAUACUAUAACGUGGAGCCUCUUGAUUUUGGAGGUUCUCAGCAGCAGAAACAACUUGUCCUUGGUGGAGAAGCUUGUCUAUGGGGAGAAUAUGUGGAUGCAACUAACCUCACUCCGAGACUAUGGCCUCGGGCAAGUGCUGUUGGUGAGAGACUCUGGAGUCAGAAAGAGAUCAGAAACGUAGAUGACGCCUACAACAGACUAACAGUUCACCGCUGCAGAAUGCUCAGACGUGGAAUAGCUGCAGAGCCCCUCUUUACUGGGUAUUGUGACAUCUGAGCUGAAACAAGAAGGGGAACCAGCCCACAGCAACAUGCCACCAUCGACUUGGUUUUGAAAUCAUGUAAAUUAAGAUUUGGUAUAUUGUUUUUGAAUAAAAUAUAUUUGUAUUGCUUGAAA